GGUUUGGAGUGCGAGUGAAACGGAAGCUGUUCGGGGAGGGAUAUGUAUUUACUCGUCAGCUGAGACGGCUCUUGUGUAAUAGCAUGCAGUGUACGUUCUAGGUUGAGGCAACAAUUAAGAGUAGAACUCCACUGUGAAGUCAUGGCAGAUAAUUACUGCCAGUCACCAGAUGGUCAACCCAAAGCUGCUUCAGGCCUUCGUUUCCGCACAAGCUGUCGUAUGUUGAUAAACCUUCUAAGAGAAAAAGAUUCGUCUCUUGCUUUCUCACCAGAGCAGCCGUUGACACCCAUCACUGACCUUGCAGUUGGCUUUAGCAACCUGAGCACAUUUAGUGGUGACACACCUAAACGCUGCCUUGACCUGUCAGAUGUGAGCUGCGACGAAGUGGUGCUGCAGGCGCUUGAGUCUCCUGACAGAUUGGCAACAGGUACUGAUAAAGUGAAUUCUCCAAGCUCCCAGUGUAUCCAGUUUGAUGGCCUAUUUACACCAGAACCAGAAAAGAAGCCAAAGUAA